AUGACGACCGCGGUCCUCCCGCAGAAGCGGGUGCUGGGCGAGUCCAAGACUGGGCCCAACCUACCGCCCACGACGCCCUCAUCGGCCAAGAAGCGCAAACUGGAUGUCUUUUCGUCGUCGCCGGCCGUCUUUUCCGCGUCGCAAAAGGACCGACGCUCCAAGUUUCUCGGCUCCAGCCAACCGAAGAGCGUGUUCGAGUCCGAGGUGCUCGAGAAGCUCAGCCAGGACAUUUCCGACCGCAGGCAAAACAAUACCGAAAAGGACCAAGCGUGGGAGCGGCCGCCGGUCGAGCGCCUCGACGCCGCCAGGGACAGCAUCUGCUUCCAGUCGAUCGACGCCGAGGAGGGCACGCUGCACGGCGGUCGCACCACGGUCAAGCUCUUUGGCGUCACGGAGCAGGGCAACUCGGUCAUGCUGCACGUCACCGACUUUCGCCACUACCUAUAUGUCCCCGCGCCGGCGUCGUUUCAGCCCAAGGACUGCAACGGGUACAAGGCGUUCCUCGAGCAGCAGCUCACCCAGCACCAGCCCGCCAUCCACUCGGUGGUGCUGCGCCUGCGCGAGGACAUGUUUGGCUUCAAUGGAAACGUCCAGAGUCCGUUUCUGCAGGUCACCGUCACCGAUCCCAAGUUUAUCAACAGCGUCCGAUCAACAAUUGAGGCCGGCAAUGCCAACUGGAAAGGCAUGUGGGGCAGUACCGACGGCGGCAUCAUGACCUACGACAAUAUUCAAUACGUCCUUCGCUUCAUGGUCGACUGCAAAAUUCAGGGCAUGGCUUGGGUCGAGGCGCCCGCAAAUACAUACAAGCUCAUCCCCGAGCACGCCAGGCAAUCAAACUGCCAGAUUGAGGCCGAGAUUAACUAUCACGAUCUCGUCGCGCACAAGCCUGAAGGGGACUGGGCCAAGAUGGCGCCGCUCCGCAUUCUGUCGUUUGAUAUUGAGUGCGCUGGUCGCAAGGGCAUUUUCCCAGAGCCUGAGCACGAUCCUGUUAUUCAAAUUGCCAACGUCGUCACCCGGUAUGGUGAAAAGAAGCCAUUCGUCAGAAACGUCUUUUGUCUCGACACGACCAGUUCCAUUGUCGCCACUCAGGUUCUCGAAUAUGAAAAGGAAGCCAAGAUGCUGAGUGAGUGGCAACAGUUUCUCAUCACAGUCGACCCCGACAUCAUUAUCGGCUACAACAUUGCCAAUUUCGAUUUCCCAUAUCUCAUCAACCGAGCCAAGCACCUCAAGGUCAAUGGCUUCGAGUACUGGACCCGACUGCCCAGUAUUCCAUCCAGGGUCAAGGAUACCAGCUUCUCCAGCAAGCAAAUCGGUAACCGUGACACCAAGUCAACGAAUACAAACGGUCGCUUGCAGCUCGAUUUGCUUCAGCUUAUUCAACGUGAUCACCACCUGCGAAGUUACACGCUUAACUCUGUCUGCGCUCAAUUUCUCGGCGAACAAAAGGAAGAUGUGCACCACACCAUGAUUACAGAACUCUUCAACGGUACACCCGAGUCUCGUCGACGUUUGGCCAUUUACUGUCUGAAGGAUGCCUAUCUCCCGCAGAGAUUGAUGGACAAGCUUUCGUGUUUGGAAAACUACACUGAAAUGGCUCGUGUCACAGGUGUUCCGUUCAACUUUUUGCUCUCCCGCGGUCAGCAAAUCAAGUUUGUUAGUCAAUUGUUCCGUAAAGCUCUGGAGCAGAAGCUGGUCAUCCCCAACAUGAAGGGCGACCCCUCGGAUGACCAGUACGAAGGUGCGACAGUCAUUGAACCUACUCGUGGCUACUAUGACGUACCAAUUGCAACACUCGAUUUUGCUUCACUAUAUCCCAGUAUCAUGCAGGCACACAACCUCUGCUACACAACGCUCAUCACACGAAAAGACAGAAUAGCACAAUUCAACCUGGUCAAGGAUGAAGACUACAUUGUCACACCAAACGGUGACAUGUUUGUGACUACGAAACAGCGCAAGGGUCUGCUGGCUCAGAUUCUGGAAGAACUUCUCAGCGCCAGAAAGCAAGCCAAACGGGAGCUGGCCGUCGAAACAGAUCCGUUCAAAAAGGCCGUGUUGAACGGUCGUCAGCUGGCUCUGAAGAUUUCCGCCAACUCGGUCUACGGUCUCACCGGUGCUACAACCGGUAAGCUGCCGUGUUUGGCCAUUGCCAGUUCUACAACAAGUUUCGGUCGCCAAAUGAUUGAAAAGACAAAGGAUGAGGUGGAGAAGAAAUACUGCAUUGCUAAUGGGUAUUCGCACGACGCGCAAGUCAUUUACGGUGAUACCGAUUCCGUCAUGGUCAAAUUCGGCACCAAGGAGCUGGCCGAGGCGAUGAAGCUGGGCGAAGAGGCGGCUGCCUUUGUCUCUUCCAAAUUCAUCAAGCCGAUCAAGUUGGAAUUCGAAAAAGUUUACUUUCCAUAUUUGCUCAUCAACAAAAAACGCUAUGCCGGUCUGUACUGGACCAAGACGGAAAAGUACGACAAGAUGGACACAAAGGGUCUGGAGACGGUACGAAGAGAUAACUGCUUGCUGGCACAAACAGUCAUCGAAAAGGUGCUGCGGAUGAUUCUCAUCGAUCGCGAUGUGCAAGGUGCUCAAGACUAUGUCAAGGACACGAUUGCCGACCUGCUUCAGAACAAGGUCGACAUGUCGAAGCUGGUCAUUACCAAGGCCCUCACAAAAGAAGACUAUUCGGCCAAGCAAGCGCACGUGGAGCUGGCGGCGCGCAUGAAGAAGCGUGACGCUGGUUCGGCCCCCGCCCUUGGAGAUCGUGUGGCGUAUGUCAUGAUUCGAGGAGCCGCCGGGGCGAAGAACUUUGAGAAAUCCGAAGACCCCAUCUACGUGCUGGAGAAUAAUGUGCCCAUCGACACCAAGUAUUACCUGGACAACCAGCUGGCGAAGCCACUGACGCGCAUAUUCGAGCCGAUCCUGGGCGAGACCAAGGCGAAAUCGUUGCUGACGGGCGACCAUACGCGGACAAUUUCGGUGGCGGCGCCGUCGGUGGGCGGGCUGAUGCGGUUCACCAAGAAGACGCAGACGUGCAUGGGGUGCAAGAAGCCGUUGAGCGGCAAGACGGAGAGCCAAGGGGCCGUGUGCGCCGACUGCGCGCCGCGGGUGGGCGAGCUGUACAAGCGCACGCUGGACCGCAUGUCGGAUCUCGAGGUCCGGUUUGGCCGGCUGUGGACGCAGUGCCAGCGCUGCCAGGGCAGUAUGCACUGCGAGGUAAUUUGCAGCAGCAAGGACUGUCCCAUCUUUUACAUGCGCAUGAAGGCGAAGAAGGAUCUGGAGGAUGCGGGCAAGGAGCUGUCGAGGUUCGACGCCGACCAGGCCGCCAUCUGGUAA